UUCUCCCGCGAUUAAUGUCCGCACAGCCAGAUUGCAGCGCCAUUAGCUACAAAGUACUUGACUGAUUUUAGGAUCGGAUGAAAAACACAAAGAAUCAAGGAACGGGGAAUAAAUGACCCAGCAUCCGUUGCGGAGUAAAAAAAACUAGUUUUGACUGGGGAUUUGCUUGAUGAAUAUCUAUCGGUUCUCAAGGAACGGGGACCUGGCUUUGACUCAUCUCUUAUCGUCCAUUAGGUCGAAACCCAGAAUAUUCUACCACUUUCACAAUCCCCCACUUCGGAACAAACCACCAGCAAAAUCUUAUCUACGAUCGUUCAGCAUGGCUUCAAGUGACCCGCCAAGGGUAGACUGGACAUCCAAAAAAGUCCGAGAUACUUUUCUUGGGUAUUUCAAGGAAAAUGGUCACACAUUCGUUCCUUCGUCGCCCGUUGUACCUCACGCCGAUCCAACGCUGCUUUUCACCAAUGCUGGAAUGAACCAGUACAAAUCUAUCUUCUUGGGCACAGUUGAUCCACAAUCUGAUUUCGCCAACCUCAAGAGAGCGGUCAAUUCUCAGAAGUGUAUCCGUGCUGGAGGAAAACAUAACGAUCUUGACGAUGUUGGCAAGGACAGUUAUCACCACACCUUUUUUGAGAUGCUCGGGAACUGGAGUUUCGGUGAUUAUUUCAAGGAAGAAGCAAUUCGCUAUUCCUGGGAGUUGCUAACCACAGUAUAUGGCUUGGAUCCCCAACGUCUUUAUGUUACAUACUUUGAAGGCAGCAAGGAAGGUGGUCUUGAGCCUGAUCUCGAGGCAAAAGAGCUCUGGAAAUCCGUCGGCGUUCCGGAGGAUCACAUUCUUCCUGGAAAUAUGAAAGACAAUUUCUGGGAAAUGGGUGACCAAGGUCCUUGCGGACCCUGCAGUGAGGUUCACUACGACCGGAUUGGUGGGCGCAAUGCUGCCUACCUUGUGAAUCAGGACGACCCCAACGUACUCGAGAUCUGGAACAACGUCUUCAUACAGUAUAACCGUGAGUCGGAUCGGUCCCUGCGGCCGCUUCCCAACAAGCACGUUGAUACUGGGAUGGGUUUCGAGCGACUUGUAUCAGUAUUGCAAGACAAGUCGUCAAACUAUGACACCGACGUCUUUUCUCCUCUAUUUGAGGUAAUCAGAAAUGUCACUGGAGCCCGCGAAUAUCGCGGGCAGUUCGGAGCUGAUGACUCAGAUGGCAUUGACACCGCGUAUCGUGUAAUCGCAGAUCACGUCCGAACGCUGAUGUUUGCAAUUUCGGAUGGUGUGAUGCCCAAUAACGAGGGACGUGGUUAUGUUAUCCGUCGAGUGUUGCGCCGCGGCGCACGUUACGCCCGCAAGUAUUUCCAGGUGGAGAUUGGAAGCUUUUUCUCGAAGCUCGUCCCUACUGUUGUGGAACAGCUCGGCGACAUGUUCCCAGAGUUGAAGAAGAAGCAGUUUGAUGUCAUGGAAAUCCUCGAUGAAGAGGAAUUGUCCUUUGCUAAGACACUGGAUCGUGGUGAGCGCCAAUUUGAACAUUAUGCCCAGCAAGCUAAGGUCAAAGGCGAUGAAAAACUUCAUGGUGCCGAUGUUUGGAGGCUCUACGAUACUUUCGGCUUUCCUGUCGACUUGACCCGUAUCAUGGCAGAGGAACGUGGAUUGCAGAUUGAUGAUAGCGAGUUCGAGGAGGCACGCCUCAAAGCGAAAGAAGCGAGCAAGGGCCAGAAAAAAGCAGCAGCCGAUACAGUCAAGCUGGACGUCCACGACCUAGGCAAGCUGGAAUUGAUGAGCGGCGUCCCUAAGACCGAUGAUACUGCUAAGUUCGGAAAGGGCAACAUCAAUGCACAAGUGAAGGCUAUAUACCAAGGCAAAUCCUUCCACUCGUCGACAGCUGGCAUAGCUGAGGGCGAACAACUUGGCAUCAUUCUUGAUCGCACCAAUUUUUACGCGGAGCAAGGAGGCCAGGAGAAUGACACUGGUCGGAUUAUUAUUGAUGGCAAGGCAGAGCUCGAGGUUGCUGAUGUGCAGCUGUAUGCCGGCUAUGUCCUUCACACGGGGUUCAUGAAGUAUGGUUCUCUUGCCGUUGGAGACACGGUCAUCUGCGAGUACGAUGAACUCCGUCGGUGGCCCAUUCGCAACAAUCAUACCGGCACACACAUUCUCAACUUUGCUUUGAAGUCAGUCUUGGGCGAAGGCAUUGAACAGAAAGGCUCACUUGUCGCUGCUGAAAAGCUCAGAUUUGACUUCUCCCACAAAUCACCCAUCACGGACGAAGAUUUGGCAAGAAUAGAGGAGAUCUCAACUGAGUAUAUCCGCCAAAACUGUGCAGUCUACUCGCAAGAAGUCCCUUUGGCCACUGCUCGCCAAAUAUCAGGAGUUAGAGCUGUAUUUGGCGAAACGUAUCCCGACCCUGUUCGUGUUGUCUCUGUCGGAGUGGAGGUCGGUGAGAUUUUAGAGAAUGUGAAAGAUCCUAGAUGGAAAGAGGUCAGUAUCGAAUUUUGUGGCGGAACCCACGUGCAGAAGACCGGGGACAUCAAGGAUCUUAUCAUUUUGGAAGAAGGAGGCAUAGCUAAAGGGAUUCGCCGGAUCAUCGCCGUCACCGGAGAAGAUGCGCACGCUGUGCAGCGCCUUGCUGAGGAUUUUGGCAAGCGGCUCGAUCGCUUAGAGGCUAUGCCCCUAGGGUCGGACAAAGAAAAGGAUGCAAAACAGAUCCAGGCGGAGCUCAACCAGCUUUCAAUUUCCGCUCUACAGAAAUCAAAUUUUCGAGAACGCUUUGCUCGCAUCAACAAACAAAUUCUCGACGAACAAAAGGCGCAGCAGAAGCUUGAGUCAAAAACCGCUCUUGACACCAUCACCAGCUUCUUUCAGGACCCAGCAAACACCGAUAAAACUUGGUUUGUAACUAAGCUUCCCAUUUCUGCGAAUGCCAAAGCAGUCAGCGAAGCUAUUAACUACGUAAAGUCGAAGCUGUCGGAUAAGAGCGUCUAUGUUCUGGCUGCGAGUCCUGAGCAAGGCCGUGUCGCACAUGGCUGUCAUGUCUCGAAGGCAACGAGUGACCAAGGUGCUUCUGCCACUGAGUGGGCUACUGUCGUGUCUCGCGCAGUUGGAGGUAAGGCCGGGGGCAAGGGGCCCACCUCUGUUGGCAAUGGAAUGAACCCUGAAAAAAUCGACGAAGCUAUCGCGUUAGCCUCCGACUAUCUCUCAAAGUUCAAACUCUAGCAUGGGAAUUGCUGUCGGCUUAGCUAUAUUCUCACAUGAAUCAAGUUGACCUGGUGCUUUGUUUACUUCUGUGUCUCCGCAAAGGUUGCCUAUUGUCCCAACACAAAUUUGAAUUCAAUAUUGUUACUCUAGGAAUUUUAUAAUCUUUCUUCCUC